AUGAGUGGGAGUCGACCUGUAUUUGGAGGAAUGUUCGAUAUGAUGCGACGUAAUCCUACCCCUCAACAACCGGAUGGCCCACCUCAACAGAACGGGGUAGGAAGAGGAGGAGGUGUAGGACCUGGAGGAGCAGCUGGACCUGGACAACCUCAAGGAGCAGGACAACCUGCACCUCCAAUAUUGACUCGACCUAGAGCACCCGCUUUGUUGCCUCUCAAAAGGGAAGCGUUCGAGGAAGGUCCAGGUGGCGCUCCGACAGGUCAAGAUAGUAUUACUCUCGGUCAAUUAAGAGCUCAUACGGCUGCAAUGGAAAAGAAACAAAAAACUCAACAGUUUGAUUUUCGUUACGAUGAUACCGAUACACUCAUGAAUGAACUCCAGGAAUUUUAUCCUUAUGUCGAAAUGGAUCUCAUUGCGAAACAACCAGAAAAGUUUGAAGGGUCUUUCGAAGGUGAUUGGACCGAAGCGUCGAUACACAAACGAAGGGAGUACAUUGAAGUCCAGCUGGAACAAUUGGAAAGUCCCAUUCAUGAUAUCCGUCGUGCGGCGCAAGGAAGAUUGUUAUAUCUGUUACAAGGCGUUUUCGCGGAAACGACUUCACCCGAAAUGCAACUUCAUUGGGUGAUAGAAAAUGCUAAAGCCAUCCGAGCGGUUGACGGGGUAGCUACAAUAGUCAUCGGAUUAAGGGAUGCAGCGAAGAAAUAUACCGCUGCUGCAGACGAUAAACCACCUUCGACAAGCGCUCCUCCCGGAACAGUGCCUGCUCAAGUCGAUCCUUACGAUGAUAGAAGUGCGGAACUCAUGGAUCUUCUGGGAAUGUUAUAUUUCAUCGUGGAGGUAUUUAGGACGGAUGAAACGUUCGGUGAUGAGCUCAUGGCCAUGUCUCCACCUUUACCCUUAGUCUUGUUCCAGAUGGUAGCUUCAUUGAAAGACAGAUUGCCGAAGGGAUACCCCGUGAAGAAGGUUUUAUUGCUCCUCUGGAAGACAUUACUCGCUUGUUUGGGUGGUAUGAAGGAAGUUGCCAAAGCUCGAGCACUAAGUAGGGAGUUAUCUGGAUUGCCACCCGAGAAUAAAAACUUCACGAAAGCCACUCCUGGAGAUAUAUCUACAUGGAGGCGAGAUACUGCCGUCAAAUAUCCCACUUUUGCUCCACCCGCUUCUGUAGUCGCAGGAGUUUCGAAUGAAAAGCUAGCUGAAGGGAUAAGACCUAUACCUUCGAGACCAAAUUAUCAUUCUACCGAGAUCCCUAACUCAUCCCAAGGAAAUCAAACAAAUGGCACUUCAUCGACCUCGGCUCCAUUACCAGGGACACCAGCUCCAUCACCGCCACCUUCACCUAAACCCAAGAAACAACAAUAUCAAACAGAUCCCUCACGUCCAUUCGUUUUCCCUUAUUCUAGAUCAUCAAUCAUAGCUCCGACGAGUCUAGUACCGUUCGCCAUUUCAGAAGCUGAUAAACUAUAUCACAGACACGAGUAUAUAUCGUUGGGUUUAUAUCAAUUAUGGCAAACCAGAGAAGAAUGUAUGCGAGAAGAAAGAGGUUUAGGUAAAAAUGGUUUGAUAGGUUUUACAAGUAAUCAAUGGGAUGAUGGAGAAGAAGAAGAUGAAGAAUCUCAAGAAGCCAUGAGGAGAGAUUGGAAAUAUGAAGAAGAAGAAAUGGAUGCCCUCAAUCAAGGAAAUAAAGAAGCUGCAAGGUUAGCCAGAGAGAAAAGAUCUGCUGCGAGGAGAUUACAUAGAGUGGAAAUCAUAUAUAAAAACACCCUGCCAAUCCAGCAGAGUUGCGUGAUAGUGCUAUUAAAGCUGUUACUCGCAACAGUGACUAGUCCUGGCACGACAGGUGUGAAUCUGGCUACUGGCCUGCCUCCAGCUGUCACCUCGCCGACUCAGGAGGUACCUCCUACACAAGAAAAUGCACCGCCACCCACGAGAGAAGAGGUCGACAUAUCUCGACAUCGAGAAAUCACCUCUAAAGCAGUUUCGGCGAUCCUAUUAUUAUUGCUAAAGUGGUUCAAGGCUUCUCAUGCCCUCAAAUUCCAUCAUUUUGCCCAAUUGCUUUUCGAUUCCAAUUGCUCUUUACUGGUAUUGAAGAUGUUCGGUUUGACCGAUCUACUCAACAUAGUACAAACCAAGAGUGAAAUGGAAGAUGCGAACUUUUUCCGAUAUUGCCUUCUCAACUGUUCCCGAUCUACCUCGUCGCCAGAAGAUGACCUUCUUCUACGGCAACCACCUAAACAAUCUCCUAAUCCAACAACAAAUCCUGACAGUCAGAAGACUGAAGGUGAUCCCAGCAACGAUGGUGAAGUUGAUUUGAUAAGUGAAUAUUCCUGGAGGAAUUUCUUCUCUACAAUCAAUUUCCUGAAAAUCCUACAAAAAAUCACAAAACAUAGGAGUCACAGAACGUACAUGUUGACAACUUAUAAGAGUUCGCAAAUUCUCAAAAGGAUGUUAAAAGUCAAUCAUCCUAUGUCACAACUGCAAAUCCUCAAGUUGAUAAAAAGUCAGAUGCCAUGGUGUGGAAGGAAGUGGAGACAAAGCAAUAUGAAAGUCAUCACGUCCAUUUAUCUCAAUUGCCGACCUGAACUAAGAGAUGAUUGGUUAGCCGGUACGGAUCAGGACAAUGAAUUAGAGGACGCAUUACCACAAGAAUACGCCUUACGGUCUUUGGUACAGUUCUAUAACAAACGACAUUACUCGGCACAUAUAGCAAAUUUAGCGUCACCUGAACCAUCACAUAAAAGGUCGAAUUCAACUUCAGCGGUAACACUGGAAGAUCCAGCAUUACAUCAUGCCAAUCCUCCCAAUUUCAUUAGCUCUCAUCCGCGAUCUACCUCGAUGGGAGAAUCAGAUGUUUUCCCACCUAGAAAAAGCAUAACAGGAUCAGGAACUGAUUUACCUUAUAACCCAGAUGGGAUGAUUGAAUUUUGGUUACAUGAAUAUGAAGAUGUUUUAGGUGAAGUCUUCGGUGAUAUCUCUUCAGAAAAUGGAUCGACAUCAAAUAAUGAAGUUUGGGAUGAAUUUGGUUUAUCACGCGGUGUAUCUCAUUUAACUUCUCCUUCAUCCUCCUCCUCGUCACCAUCUUCUUCUCCUUCUGGUCAUGGGGUAACGAACGAUGAAGGAAAUGAAGGGAUGAUAUCUAUCCCUCAUGCGGCAGAUAGAGAUGACAGAGCCUGGAAUAGAUUAACUGAUCUUAUGAGAUCAACUACAACGACAAACAACAAAUCAGAUGAAGAGAUUAGUGAUUCUGAAAGUAUAGUUUCAGUGGGUGAGUUAGGUGAUGAAGCUAGAUUAAGUCACGCUACUUUUGGUCAAGACCAAGAUCAAGAUCAACAACAACUACGAGAAGAUCAAGUUAGAGAUCAAGACCAGGAUCAGGAUCAGGAUCGAGGUCACGACCAGAAUCGUGAGCAAGAAGAUGACGGGAGGUUGUUAUCUAUUGGUGGUGGUAAAGGACGAAGAAAAUCAGGUGCGGGUGAAAACACGUGGGAGCACAUGUCACCCACUCUAGCUUUACUUCCUAGAUCACCAGCAGAAAGAAGACGAUCGUCUUCCAGUGGAUCACCAUUACGUCCCGUCAUUCCAGGGAAGACUAACGACCUAAUGUCUGGUAUGCAAGGUUUAAGUCUGGGCACAGGUGAGGUAUUUGAUGAUGAAGAUGAUUUCGAAACUAGAGGUCCAAUGCCCAUAAAGAUGGAUACAAGGGAUCAUGAAGAAAGAGAAGGUGGUGCUGUUGAUGAAGUUGAAUAUACGUAUGGGGAGUAA